ACAUGCUUAUUCUACAAAGAAAAGGGUGAAAAGGAAUAUAGAAGUUGGUAGGGAGAGGCAGAGAGAAGAUGGUGGUUAUCAAAAUGUCAGUAGCGUUGCUGACAUCGAAGAUUUGACAUACGAUGAGGUCAACCUAUCUACUAGCUCUAGUAAGGGCAAAUUUUAUCUACAUACAUGAUCUAACAGAAUGAAUGGAUUUGAAUAUUAGAGUUUAAAUCAUGACGUUCCUCCAACAUAAAUGAAUGUGAUCUUAUUUUUGAACAAAAAGGGAACUACUCCAAGAAUAUCUCAAUAUUUUUGAGAAUGAGGGUAACAUGCUAGUCUAUCUGCAAAAUUGGGUAUCUCACUAAGCUCUCAACUGGCUUUAUUUAUAGAAAAUAGAGAGAUUUAUUUAUAGAAAGAUUUAUUUUGAUAUUUUAGGUAUCGCAUUUAUUACAUUCCUAAUUUUAAGGAAUAGCUGUUGUAUAGCUCCUAGGAUUAUGGAGAUAUUUUUAGAAUGUGCAACCUAUAUAACCUAAAACAUUUUGAUACAUUUGAGAUUUAGAGGGAAAAAAUAUUUCUUUCUCUUUUGUUGUGUCUCUGCAUUCAUGGUUUUAGAGCUACAGCCUAUUCAAACUUAACUUUAAAAUUGCCUUUUUGUAAUGGCACAAAUUACCAUCCUGGAGUGACUAUUGACACCUGUUCAACCUUAUUAUCCUCUAGAGUAAAUGUUAAUGCAAUCAUGCCCUUAGUGAUUGGGAUCAAUCAUGAGUUUUGAUGUUUGGGUAAAGAAUUUAAGUUACGUUUGAGUAAAAAGUUUAAGUUAUGAUAAUAUUUGUGUCUGAUAUGUCUAUGAAAUUAUGUAAGAUUUGAUACACGUGUAGACUAAGCAUAGCCAAGGUUGAUGUUGAUUUGAUGGUUUGAGGUCUAAUAUAGAUUGGAGAAUGAUGGUAUUGCAAGAUGAGGAGCAUUAGAGUGCACUUGAGCUAGAGGAGACAAACUACGACGGUCACACAUGAAAGAUGACAUGUAAAGCGAGUUGAGAGCUUAGUGAGUCGAGCUAAGAGCCAAAUGAGCCAUUUCUUAAUUUGCAGCUUUGGUUGUGUAAUUACCUAUAGCCAUUGCAUUGAACAAUGUACUAAAUUUUUUUUAGUCAAUGUUUAUGAUAUACACAGAUUUGCUUCUAUUAAACAUCUUUUGCUAAGCCCUGCAGAAGAACAUUCUACCUCUCCAUCUGCUUUUCAGAGUAAGAGAUCCAAUGCGUCUAAAGUUAAUGCACCAGAAAAUUGGAAGGAGGUCCUUAACGGAAUUAAAACAAUGACGCUUGCUGAGGGUGUCACAUUCAGAACUAUGGGAUGUGAAAGCGAAGAGAAACCUCUGCCAUCCAAGGAAGAAAGAUUUGGAAUCUUGGUAUCUUGCCUUCUGUCGAGCCAAACUAAAGGAGCAAUUACCAGUGGCAUGUUCAGUGCAGUUGCGCGUCUGUCAGAGAAGGGUUUACUGGAUGCUGCCAUUAUUCUGAAAACUGAAGAAUCAGUAAUUGCAAGCUUGAUUAAACCAGUUGCAUUUUACUCGAGGAAAGCCCAUUAUAUGAAGGAAGUCGCUGAAAUUUGCUCAAGGAAGUAUGGAGGUGACAUCCCUAGUUCUGUUAAUGAACUGCUUGCACUUCCUGGAGUUGGCUCUAAAAUAGCCCAUCUGGUGAUGAUUGUUGGAUGGAAUAAUGUUCAAGGGAUUUGUGUUGAUACUCACGUGCAUCGUAUUUGUAAUCGAUUAGGAUGGGUUUCACGUCCAGGCACUGGACUGAAAACUUCUACUCCAGAAGAAACAAGAGUGCUUUUGGAAAAAUGGCUACCCAAGGAUUUGUGGGAUCCCAUCAACCCCCUUCUGAUUGGAUUUGGGCGCAGCAUUUGUACUGCUCCCAGGCCCCGGUGUGGAAUCUGCUCUGUAAACAAUCUCUGUCCCUCUGCUUUCAAGGAAGUGACAAAGAGUUCAAAGUCAAAAGCUAAAAGAUCCAUCUACUGAAGGAAUUUGAACAUGGCUUUUUUCAGGCUUUAACUGCUUCUGUUAAUUCUUAUAUGUUAUAAAAAAAAGUGAUUUACAUGCUUGUUUCUCUUUUUUGUUGUUUUUCUUUCUUUUGAGUCUAAAAGCAUGUCUGUAUAUUGAAAUUUAUUAUGUUUUAUUGAGGAAUAAUGUUUUGUUGAA